AUGGCGGACAAUGAAGCUGAGCAGACCUUCUCUGAAGUACAGGCAAUGGACGACACCCUCACAGAGACUAUCGCCGACGAGGCAGAAGCUGCUGAUAACUCGGACGAAGAAGAAUACGACCCCUCUAGACUGGAUGACCAAUACCAAAGCCCCGUGCCAGAGCCCCAGCAGACAGAGGAGGCAGUAGCAGCAGAAGAAGUGACAGCCCCCAACCCGUCUACAUCAUCAGACAUGGACACUAGCGCUGCUGGUGAUGCGCCCGAUCCUUUCCAGAACCCCUCCCGUACUGAGUCUCAGACGUCCACGCCGGUCCCCCGCGCGGGUGCGUCGGCGCAGCCCCAGACCAGAACGAUUGGGGGAUUUGACAUUGAGGAUGAGGAUGAGGAUGACAAAGAGGAGGCGGACUAUGAGCCGCCGGCGGCGCUGGGGGUGGAUGACUCGAAUGCCAUGCCUAUGACCAUGUCUGAAGAUCCAAGUUCAGGAAAUCCAAAUCAAGACACUUCCCCUGAUGUAUCAUCGCACUUGACUGUGCAGUCCUCUGCCUCUGUGCCAACUGUUGCCAAUAGUUCUUAUUCUUCUGCUCCUGUUCCAAAUAUCGAUCCUUCUGUUUCUGGUCCUAUUCAGUGGGCUUCGCAUGAUCCGAGCAUGCAGAACAGUACUGUUCCUACUCCUGUACCUGACUCGCCUUCUGCUUCCAGAGGCCGCUUACCGCAUGACCGCGUGGGAAUCCUGCAGGACAGGGUCGACGAGGAUCCUCGCGGAGAUCUCUCGGCCUGGUUGGAGUUGAUUGCGGAGCACAGAGCUCGUAACCGGCUGGACAGUGCACGCGAGAUUUAUGAGCGGUUUUUGAAGGAAUUCCCCAUGGCGGCUGACCAAUGGGUGGCGUAUGCCACGAUGGAGUCAGAGCUGAAUGAGCUCUUCCGGUUGGAACAGAUCUUCAACCGAACACUUCUUACUAUUCCCAGUGUCCAACUCUGGUCGGUCUAUCUGGAUUAUGUUCGUCGCCGGAACCCCUUGACGACUGACACCAGUGGAGAGGCACGGCGGGUGAUCUCGUCGGCCUAUGACCUGGCUCUUCAAUAUGUGGGGAUGGACAAAGACUCUGGAAAUAUCUGGACUGACUACGUGGAGUUCAUUCGCUCUGGGCCAGGCACUGUUGGAGGUUCAGGCUGGCAGGACCAGCAGAAGAUGGACUUGCUUCGAAAGGCCUACCAGAAAGCACUCUGUGUUCCCACCCAGGCUGUCAACGCUUUGUGGAAGGAAUAUGAUCAGUUUGAAAUGGGCUUGAACAAGCUUACGGGUCGGAAGUUCCUGCAAGAGCAGUCGCCGUCAUACAUGACCGCUCGUAGUUCGUACACUGAACUGCAGAAUAUCACUCGCGACCUGGUCCGUACCUCGCUGCCGAGGCUACCUCCUGUUCCUGGCUCUGAAGGCGAUGUCGAGUUUGCUCAACAAGUCGACAUUUGGAAGCGCUGGAUUGCCUGGGAGAAAGGAGACCCCCUGGUUCUGAAAGAGGACGACGCCGCUGCAUUCAAAGGUCGCGUACUUUAUGUCUACAAGCAGGCGCUUAUGGCUCUGAGAUUCCUCCCUGAGAUCUGGUUUGAGGCCGCCGAAUUCUGCUUCCUGAACGAUAUGGAAAGCGAUGGCACCGAUCUGUUGAAGCAGGGCAUCGAGGCAAACCCCGAAAGCUGCUUGCUGUCGUUCAAACUGGCAGACCGACUUGAGGUCACUACGGACUCCGAGCAGGAUUCCUCUAAGCGCGCAGCGAAAGUCAGAGAGCCGUACGACAAGCUCCUCGAUGCUCUUUACGAAUUGAUCACCAAGGCUCGAACCCAGGAGUCACAGGAUGUGUCCCGAAUUGAAGAGACUUUCGCGAUGCUGAACCCGGAAGCCCAAACCGCACAGGACGAGGAUGAUGACGGUGCCCCGAGUGCAGCGAAGGAGAAGGAGGCUGCGAAACAGACUCAGAUUGAUGCUGUUCGAAAGGCUCACUCUAUUCAAAUCAACAUUCUCUCCAAGACGAUCUCCUUUGCCUGGAUUGCGCUUAUGCGUGCUAUGCGCCGCCUGCAGGGUAAAGGAAAGCCGGGAGAGCUGGCUGGCUCUCGCCAGGUCUUUGCCGAAGCCCGGAAGCGAGGCCGUAUCACCAGCGAUGUUUACAUUGCUAGCGCUCUUAUGGAGUAUCACUGCUACAAGGACCCCGCAGCUACCAAGAUUUUUGAGCGAGGUGCAAAACUCUUCCCGGAGGACGAGAACUUUGCUCUGGAGUAUUUGAAGCAUUUGAUUGACAUCAACGACAUUAUCAAUGCUCGUGCCGUUUUCGAGACAACUGUCAGGAGAUUGGCAGCCAAUGCUGAGAAUGCCCACAAGGCCAAGCCUAUAUUUGCAUUCCUCCAUGAAUAUGAGUCCCGCUACGGCGACUUAGUCCAGGUAGUCAACCUGGAGCAUCGCAUGCGCGAGCUCUACCCGGAAGACCCGGCCUUGGAACAAUUUUCGCGCCGCUACGCGACACCCUCCUUCAACCCAAUGACUGUCCGCCCUAUCCUGUCACCCUCGCAGACCCGGCCCAAGACACUGCAUGCUGCUGCUGCUGCACCGGAAACUCGUAGCUCGCCCACAUCAUACCAGGAUACAUCCUUGAACUCACCGAAGAGACCCUAUCCCGCGGAUGAGUUUGACUACGACUCUGACCGCCCGCGCAAGUUUGUCCGCGCCGAGUCUCCGCUCAAGGGUACUCAGGGCCGCCGUCUCGAUCAGCCGAAGCGAGUUACCCAAUUGAACGGGCAGACUACGUCCGCGUAUAAGCCCCAAGGAUCACCGGCUCCCCUUCCCCGGGACGUGGUUCAUCUUCUUAGCAUCAUUCCUCCCGCAUCUUCCUACAAUAUCUCACGUCUGUCGCCAGAGAAGAUGGUUGACCUUCUCCAACGCAUUGACAUCCCCGUUUCUACCAGCCAGAUUCCACUCCCAGCUAAUGUGCGAGGGCUUGGGGCUGCCCAGAGCUCUGGUAUGAACCCGUAUGGUGGAUCAUAUCGCUGA